AUGAAAGAAACAUAUAAUUCUGACCUUCUUUUCCUCUACGACCAGAUCCAGCGACCGGACAGCCUAAACGAUAUGGACAUCGACUCCAUCCCCGCCCAGCAACGCUCCUCGCGGAAACACUUGCGCAGCAGUGAGGAUGAUCAUGAUCUAGAAUGGAGCUCAGACAUAUCAGGUCAAUUUGAUGAUGCCGAUGAACCCGACGGGGAAGACUACAAAUCGCCAUCUGCAAAGUCCGCAAAGCGGCGCCGGUCCAAUGACUGGCCGCUGCCAGAGGAAGCUGCAGACUAUGGAAACAACGGCAGUCGGAACGCGCGAAAUGGGAAUGGAUCUUUGGGACCAAACUACAAGGCCUCGCCCCGCACAUCACCCCGCGGGUCAGCUGCAUCUUUGCGCAACAGACACAAAGCUUCUACCAAUAGCCCUCGGCAUCACCUUACCCGACGAUCUCGUUUCGUCGAGGCGAAUAUGAAUGACAGCGUUAGCGAGAAACCCCCAAGCAUUUACUUGCGUGAAAGCAAAGGGCCCAAUGCGCAAAACCGGGCAUCUGGCAUCUUUCGAUUUGGCAAAGCAAUCGCCUCUGCUUUCAAUCCAUUCGGCGGUUGGGGUAGAGCCUCGCCCGAGAUUGCAACAAAAUCCCCACAGAAAGAUGCGCUGACCCAGGCCGAGGAAGCAUACGCGAACCUGAAGCGUGCAGGCUACAAGGGCACGAACAAGGGAUCUUACAUGCAAAGUCAAAAUGUGAACCCCUCCAAUGCCGACCAAACCUGGCAAGCGAUUCAAGACAAAAUGGGUUAUGGUAGCCCGAUCCGAAAUUCAGGGACUUAUGCUGAGCCCAUGUCACCAUCGCGAUCUCCGUCCAAGUCCACCAAGCGUUCUUCCUUCCAAGAUCUACGCAUUCCAUUCAUUAAAACCUACGAACAACCACUAGCGCCAUGUCUAGAUCAUCCAUCCGAAGACUCCGAGAAUCAAGGUAUUCGGAGACAAAAGUCUCGCAAGGAACUCUCACGCGAGUCAAAGCUUCUCAAGAAAGUUAGCAACCUUGAGGAUAAGCUAGAUCGUGCGCGGCAAGAACUUCGCCAUCUAAGCGGCAACGAAGAGCGAAUCGCAUCUCCAACUCUAGACUACCGAUCCAUGAGCUUUGAGAUGGAUCCAGGGAGCUAUCCGCGAAAAUUCGUCCCAGGUGCACUUCCAACGGUGCCAUCUGAGCGAUUACUAGAUCAGCAAACAGCUGCAUCUCAAUCGCCCGAUAUUCAAGCCUUGAUCUCCGAAUCGGGAAGAAGUGCUUCGCCGGAAUCUCAACCAGUGGCCAAGUCUCCAAAACGGCGGUCAUCGUCCAUGGGUAAGGAAAGCCCUUCCCGCAAAAGGAAGACAACAGUUCCUGAACCUCUCCCUAGUCGGAAAUCUUUUCAAUCCAAUCCGAAGGACCGCGUCCACGAUAACGACUGCCCAUCCGAACACGAACAUUUGAUCGACGCCGGUCUGCUCAGCCCACCUCGACAGUCCAAGUGGCAGAAAUUCGAAGCCGGCGACAGCCCAGGGUCCGUCGAGCGCAAACGCAACGCGAAUCCUACGGCACAAGACGCUGGCUCGAUGCACCAAAGGUCUCCGCAUACCAAAUCAAAAUCCUCUUCUGGCGGCCAUCGCUCACCAAAGUCGAAUAUAAGAUCAUCGCCUAUCCGCCAACCACUCAAUCGAUCGGACAUGCGCUCCUCUGUUUCCACCACCUCCGUCCCUCCCACAUUUAAAUCUGACCCUAUCGCCUAUGACUUUUCUUCUCCCCCACCACCAUCUAGUGAAGCCUAUCAGGCAUUUUACCUCCAGACUCAGCGCCAGAUAGAUCCUGACCGUUCCGCUCCCUCUUCACCCACCAAAUCCCGACCCAGCCCAAGACGGCGACAUAGUCACGAAGUGGACAUCCCUCCCGUGCCUCCUCUCCCCAAAGAACUCCGCAUGAAUGCCAUCAAGGUGACCGGAUCGCCCACCAAACCGCAUAGCUCAGUAAGAGACUCUGCUCCGCCAGUCUUGCCUCAGCAGAUAUUACCCGGACUGGGUGACCAGGCGUCAAAGGAAGAAAGCUUUCUUUGGCCCGAGGACAUCUUUUAG